GUUUCAUGUCUCACAUUUAGGUCCUUAAUCCAUUCUGAGUUUAUUUUUGUGUAUGAUGUAAGAAGCGGUCCAGUUUCAUUUUUUUGCAUGUAGCCGUCCAGUUGUCCCAGCACCAUUUAUUAAAGGGAUUGUCUUCACCCCUGCCACCCCCGCCCAUGGAACUACCCUGGUUUCAGAGAAACCAGGGAGACAAGAGAAAAUCCCUUGUCCCUGGAAUCUCUUAGUCCAGGCGAAGUGGAAAUGACUGGUCACCCUACUUCAAGGGUGAUGGUGCUAUGGGGAACAUAACCCAGAAAAUGUUACAGGAAAUGAAAUUGAGCGAAGGAAAGGGGCCCCGCUUUAGGCUGAGCGGUCAGAACAAAGUGGGGAGAUGAGUAUGAUGGUUCUCUAUUUUACAAACAGGGAUCUGAUUCUCAGAGAAGUGAAAUGAGCUCUCAAAGGUCAUACAGCUAGUGAGUGGUUUUCUGAUUUCACUCCAGUGGCCUGAUGUCACCCUCUGCAGGUGACUGAGGGUAUACAGAAGACAGAGGCCAUGCCUCCUCCUGAGCGGUCCCCUCCUUAUCUGUUGCCUCUCUUAGGUGUGUUGUUGGUUCUCCAUCUUUCCCUCCCUCCCUUACUUCCCUGCCACCCUUUCAUUCUCUGUGCUGUGGUCCUAUCACCUGGAGCCUUACCGUGACUGAGGCAGCCCUUCUGUCCUUCCCUGCCCCUUCCCUCCCUUAUCUCACCUCUCUCCCAAACCACAUUUCAUCUUUAUGGAACCUUGGGUGGGCAUGAAAUGAAUCCCCAGCGUUUCUCAGUUAUGGCCAUUCCUUGGCAGUCAAUUCUUGAGUCCCUAUUUUGACCCUCAGGGUGGUUUGGUGACUGGCCAGGGGUGGUGCCAUGUUCCUCCUCAGAGAUGUGUUCCUUGACCACUCUUUCCAAAGGAGCCCCUAACUCCAGCCCUGCCCAGUCUCUGCCACACAACCUGUUUGCUUUCUCCCAGCUCUAACCACUGACAUCCCCCAGUUUCGUUCAUGCUCUCCCCUCUGGCAUUUCUUCCCCCAUCAUAUCUGCUCUUAUGAUCCAACUUGUUUUUUAAAAGACCAAUGUGUGUAUCAUUACCUCUUCUAUGGAGCCUUUCCUGACUUCUUCAGCCAGAAGGGCUCUUCCCUCCUGUGAACUCACACAGCACUCUGGAUCUCUCUUAGGAUACUAACUACAUUCUGCCUUAUGCUGGAGUUAUUUUUGAUCUGUGUCUCAUUCCUCCUAAUAAAGCGUGAGCUCAUUCAUUUAUUUAGCCAAUUUUUGAUGGUACUAUGUGCAAGACACUGUUCCAUUUGGCCAAGGAGAAGGACCAUUUUGAGCAUAUAAUUAUGUGACGCAUAGUAGAUAACCAUUUGUGAAUGGGUAGACCAAUGGGAUGGGAUGGAUGGAUGGAUGGAUGGAUGGAGGUGUAAUUAUAGAAUGUGUGAGAUGAGGGGCUGAACUAUUGGGUUUUUGGGCUUUGCUUUGGUCAUGGUGAUGGUGGGAGUUUACAAAGGGGAGUAAGGUGGGCUAUGAGCUCAUUUGAAGUUUAUGAAGCUUGUGGAAUUUUUUUAAUGUUUAUUUAUUUUUGAGAGACAGAGUGGGAGUGGGGGAGGAGCAUUGAGGGAGGGGGGACAGAGGAUUGGAAGCAGGCUCUGUGCUGACAGCAGCGAGCCCUGAUGUAGGAUUCGAACUCACAGAACUGUACCGUGAGAUCAUGACCUGAGCCGAAGUCGAACGCUCAAUCGAUUGAGCCAGCCAGGAGCCCCGAAGCUCGUGGGAUUUUUACACCACCCAGGCUUGCCACUUGACCAUCCCCACGAAUGUGAGUGUCGUCGGGGAGGGACUGUAGAGGGUGAACACAACUACUCGUUUACUAUUCAGAGUCAUCGCUGUUCAAAGAAACGUAACCCUGGCCACAAGCCGUUGACUAUACCCUUUCGUUGCACCAUGGUCCUCUCCCGACAUCCAUCAGAGCCCCUGCCCCAAUCUAUAUAUUGGGUAUUUUUUUCCCAGCACCCUCUAGACUGACAUGGGGCUGGGAUACAAUUUGUUCCGUUCUUCUAGAUUGGUGGCACUAGACCGCCUUCUGGAAAGACUUUGAAUAGGUAGCGGCAGGCAAGAGAGAGAGACCAAAGGAAACCUUUUCUUCAGGCCUCUCCAUCUAUGAAGCCUGACUGUCUUCUACCUUUGCUGCUCAAUGUCAGUGUCCGGUGUCCAGAGAAUCAGCCAGGAACAGGAGGGAAAGAGUUAAAUGGGGCCAGCUUUCAGGUCUGGGUCCUGAGACUGCAUUCCGUCCUCCCAGAGAUCUGCCAGGCUGUGGGGCCAGAGGCUAAAUUUAGAAGGUGGCUAAGAUUUCCCGUUAACAGCUGUCCUGUCCCUCAGAGCAGAAGCACCGAAGAGAGGAGAGAGGUUGGUCCCUCUCGCUGAUCGGAACUUUUGGCCCUUUUAUCCGGGUCCCUCAGCCCUUGGGUGACUGCCCUUUGGUGUGGAGAUCUAGGCAAAGCCGCGGGACUGGCGGGCUGUCAUGGCGACCAGCGGGGACCCAGAGGAGGAGCAGGUCGUCCCAAGUGAGGAGGAUGAAACCAGCGUGAGGGCCGUGCAGGCCCACUACCUCCGGAGCCCCUCCCCCAGCCAAAUUCAAGCCGCGGGGGAUCAGAGCCGAGGCAGAGUGUCCAGGCAUGCUGGAGUCGGCCGAGCACCUGCUGGUGGAGGACCUGUACAACCGUGUUAGGGAGAAGAUGGACGACAGCAGCCUAUACAACACCCCCUGCAUCCUGGAUUUACAGCGGGCCUUGGUCCAAGACCGCCAGGAGACCCCCUGGAAUGAGGUGGAUGAGGUCUGGCCCAAUAUCUUCAUAGCAGAGAAGAGUGUAGCUGUGAACAAGGCGAGGCUGAAGAGGCUGGGAAUUACUCACAUCCUCAAUGCCGCUCAUGGCACCGGCGUCUACACUGGGCCCGAAUUCUACACGGGCCUGGAGAUUCAGUACCUGGGUGUGGAGGUGGACGACUUUCCCGAGGUGGACAUCUCCCAGCAUUUCCGGAAGGCUGCCGAGUUCAUCGAUGAAGCCCUGCUGACCUACAGAGGGAAAGUCCUGGUCAGUAGCGAGAUGGGCAUCAGCCGGUCAGCAGUGCUGGUGGUGGCCUACCUGAUGAUCUUCCACAACAUGGCCGUCCUGGAGGCCCUGAUGACUGUGCGGCAGAAGCGGGCCAUCUACCCCAACGACGGCUUCCUGAAGCAGCUCCGGGAGCUCAAUGAGAAGCUGAUGGAGGAGAGAGAAGAAGACUCCGGCCAGGAAGGGGGGACGGAUGAGGCUGAGGAGGGCGAGGACGCGGGGAGCGGCAGCAGGGCCAGGGUGGGCGCCCUCACGGUGGAGGAGGAGGACGACACCUCCAGCCACCUGAGCGGCUCCUCCCUGGGGAAGGCCAGCCAGGCCUCCAAGCCCCUCACCCUCAUUGACGACGACGAGGAGGAGAAGCUGUACGAGGAGUGGAGGAAGGCGCGGGGCCUCCCCGCAGCCAAGGCCCCCCCGGGGGGACACGGCAGGCGCUCAGCCUCCGGCCAGGAUGGCGGGGAGCCUGAAGACGAGGACGUGGACAGGAUGAUCCGGGAGUGGCAGAGCCGAAACGAGAGGUACCAGGCGGAGGGGCGUCAGAGGUGGGGUAGAGAGGAGGCAGAGGCGGAGGCGGGCGACGCCGAGGGCUUCGUGACGAGGCGACGCAGGCACACCCUGAGCGAGAGCAGCACUUCGGCGAGUGUCCGCGCUCGCGACGUCCGGGUCCUGGAGCAGCAGCCGGAGACGGGCGGCCAGAAGCGAGGGGGCAGGCGCCGCUCGGACUCCGUGUCCACCGAGAGCACCUGGGACGUGUGGAACCGGAGGCUGCUGGAGAUCGAGAGGGAAGCCUCCCGGGAGUAUCACUCCAGGAGCCAGCGGGAGGCGGCGGACGCGGGCUCCGAGGCGGGGGGCAGGGUGCGAGAGGACGACGAGGAGAGCGUGUCCUCCGAGGCCAGCUCGUUCUCCGACUUCUGCAGCCGGAACAAGGACAAGCUCACCGCCCUGGAAAGGUGGAAGAUCAAGAGAAUCCAGUUCGGCUUCCACAAGAAAGAGCUGGGGGCCGGGGCCGGCAGCACCGAGCCAGGGGCGGAGGAGGCAGGGGCCGAGAGGCGUCUCUCCGACGUCAACCUGACGGCCUACCAGGCCUGGAAACUGAAGCACCAGAAGAAGGUGGGCGGCGAGAACAGGGAGGAGGUGGUGGAUCUCAGCAAGGGCGAGGACGCUGCCUCGGCCAAGAAGAGGCAGCGGAGGCUGGAGCUGCUGGAGAGGAGCAGGCAGACGCUGGAGGAGAGCCAGUCCCUGGGAAGCUGGGAGGCAGACAGCUCGGCGGCGGGCAGGAGCAUCCCCCUGUCCGCCUUCUGGUCUGCGGCCCCUUCGGUCAGGGCCGGGGAGGACGCGGCAUCGGUGUUCAGCACCCGGAGCCACGGCUCCCGCCCCUCUCAGGCUGGAAGCAACAGAGGCGGAUGCCCGGCCUCUGCCCCCGGCCCCGCACCGCCUGACCUGCCCGUGGGGCCGGGAGACACCAUUUCCAUCGCCAGCAUCCAGAACUGGAUUGCCAGCGUGGUCAGCGAAACUCUCGCCCAGAAGCAAAACGAGGUGCUGCUGCUGUCCCGCCCGCCGUCCGUGGCGAGCGCGAAGGCGGCGCCGGAGGCCAGCUGCCUGGGGGACGACCAGGUGUCCCUGCUCAGCGGACACAGCAGCUCCUCCCUGGGCGCCUGCCUCCUGCCCCGGGGCCAGCCGGGACCCGGCCCCGACUCGCAGUCCCUGCUGUCCUCCCGCACGGCGCCGGGCUCGAGGGCCGAAGGUCUUGGGAGCAAAGUCAGGGGGACCGGCAAGCCGGUCUACAGCCUCUUUGCUGACGACGUCGACCUGAAGGAGCUUGGCCGGAAGGAGAGGGAGAUACAAAUGGGGCUGAGGGAGAAGAUGUCCGAGUACAAACUAGAGAAGCUGGCCUCCGACAACAAACGGAGCUCCCUCUUCAAGAAGAAGAAGGUCAAGGAAGAUGAGGAGGAGGAUGGGGGCGACAGGGACGAGGACACUGACAGUGCCAUAGGGAGCUUCCGGUACUCCUCCCGCAGCAAUUCCCAAAAACCCGAGACAGACACGUGCUCCUCCCUGGCUGGCCCUGAUCGCCGUGGAAGCGCUGGCAGCGUCGGCAAAGACACGGACGGCAGUAUCGCUAAGUGGCUCAGUGGCCUCAGGACGGAGGAAAAGUCUCCUCCCCAGAGCGACUGGUCUGGAAGCUCCAGGGGGAAGUACACCAGAUCUUCCCUGCUCCGGGAGACGGCGUCCAAGUCCUCCAGCUACAAGUUCUCCAAAUCGCAGUCGGAGGAGCAGGACACGUCCUCCUACCAUGAGGCCAGCGGCAACUCCGUAAGGAGCACCUCACGGAUCUCUUCCUCCUCUACCCGGGAGGGCAGAGAGAUGCACAGAUUCUCCCGGUCGAUGUUCAGCGAGACCUCGAGCUCCCGGGAGGAGAGCCCGGAGCCCUACUUCUUCCGCCGGACCCCUGAGCCCUCGGAAGGGGAAGAGUCCCCGGAACCACGGCGUCGGAACUGGGCCAGGCCCAGGGACUGGGAAGACGUGGAAGAGUCGUCCAACUCAGACUUUUCUGAAUUCGGAGCCAAGAGGAAAUUCACGCAGAGCUUCAUGAGGUCUGAGGAGGAGGGAGAGAAAGAGAGGAUGGAAAGCAGAGAAGAAGGGAGGUUUGCUUCGGGGCGGCGGUCCCAGUAUCGGAGAAGCACGGACGGAGAGGAAGAGAAAGAAAUGGACGACGAAGCCAUCAUCGCUGCCUGGAGACGUCGGCAGGAAGAAACCAGGACUAAGCUGCAGAGAAGGAGGGAGGAUUAAGCGGGGCCAGGCGGACCUGGGAGACUGAGAACGUGGCAAGAAGCCGCGCGGCUCAGCACAGGGAUCAGGACACACAUUGCCACCACCCGCCAAGGGACAGGGAUGCGGAAAGGAUCGUCCUGAGGGGCAGAGCCUAAAAGAGAGGUACCAGGCAGCGGGGCCCCAGAGGUGCGGUAGAGGGGAGGAGGAGAGCCGUCGGCGUGCGGUCUGCAUGCUAGGCCACCUGACACCGUUUUCUGUUGCCCGGCGUCCUCUUGGCCUUUGACGCUUCCCUCGGGUAUUUGACAGUGUCCCUCACCUACUGGCGAGGUGAGCUCGUGAUGGAACCAGAGCUUGCCAGAGACUUCGGCUUACGUCCGCGGGAGGACUGAAUGCAGGACGUGGUUCUGUGUGUGGUUCUGUAACGAGACCCAGGAAGUGUCUCCUGUGGCAAGUCUCCCCUCUGCUGACAAAGCUGGGUUCUCGUUGUUCCUUUCCGGUGCUUUGGAUCUCCAUUAAAGUGGUAUGUUGUCAAACA